UUAGCCUCUGAAUGGAUCUGUGCUGGAGCCGAGCUCUCUGCCCCCGUCAAGGGUACGGCAUCAUGUUGUGCCGGGAGGAUUUUCCUGCGUGGCUCUUUGAAUGGCUCCAUCACCAGCUUAGGCUGUGGUACAGGCAUGGAUAACUUCGAGUACAGCAUCCAGCUGAACGACAGGGACUGGGCCGAGUUCUUCUUGGCGUCGGAGGAAUGCAACCUAGCGCCGGCCGCCCUGGCCACAGCCGAGGAGCAGUGUCUCGGUGACAUUGAACAAGGGGACGGCGUGCCGGCGAGGGACUGCCGGGCCAGCGCAAACGGGCAGAUCGCGGCGAGGGUGGGCAGCGGGCCAGGGCCUGGCACGGGAACCUCUGCCCCACGUGGGGUCCCCGGAGACGCCUCCCCGCUCUGGCCCGCCGGCGGGCACCUCUCCCUGCCGGACCUUCUCUCGGGCAGCGAGGACGAAGCGGACCUGGGCUCGGUGAGCAGGUUUCUGUGCGAGAGCGACGAGCCCGGCCGCCCUUCGUCCGCUCCGAUGCCCAGCGCGCAGGGGAGGCAGCCCCCUCGUCCCCCCGCCGCCGCCGCCGCCGCCAUCGCCGGCGCGGCUGGCAGCGCAGCCGAGGGCAGCCCAGGGCGGGACACGGCAUGCGAAGCAGCGGCACCGCCGCCGGAGAAAACGGCAGCCGGCGGCGGUCAGGCCGCGGAGCCUCCCAGCCACCCAGCUGGAACAAGCGUCCCUGAACGGAGAGGGGACGCGGGAGGGCGACGGCCCCGUGGCAACCCGGUGGCGGCACAGCCGGCGGCUCCGGUGCCGGGCGGCUUGCCGGCACCGGCCGCUUCCCCAGAGGGUUCGGCGAGGAAAAGUCCUGGCAGCGCUUCCCGCUCGGAGCCCGGACCCCUGCGUGACCGCCCUCCGAGCCCAGCCCUGGAGAUUGCGCCCAGAGCGCCCGGCUCCCGGGAGGAGGCGAGCGGGGAGAGAGCGGGCGCCGAGCCGGGCUCCCCGGCUGGCUCCCCGGACGUCGUGAGGCGCAAGGUGCCGGCACAGCCGAGAAAAAGCCGCAAGCAACGCGGGGCCAGCGCCGUCGAGGCGGCCCAAGGCGACAGGGAGCCCGCGGGGGCUGCGGCGCGGGGGACCGGCGUACCCGUGAAGGCGCUUACUUUAAGCUCACCGCUGUCCUCGCGGAAGAGCAAAGGGAAGGAGAAGGCGGCCAAGCUCGCUCCUGCGAAGCUGGGAAGCGAGGAGGCAGGGGAGAGCGAACGGCUGGUGCCCAGCCCUGGCACGGAUGAGGGCGAUCCAGCCGUGAGCGCUUCCCCGAAGGAGAAGGUGAAGGAGCCGGGGGCACAGCCCCCGGGGAAGGCGAAGACCACCAAGUACUCGAAGCCAGGGCAGGCUGAUGGCUUGGACGUACGCGAUAACGUGCCGAUGGUCCCCGCCGGCGGAGCCACGGCUCCUCCGGGAGCGGCGUGCCGGGAGGCACCGGGGAAGCCUCUCCGUCUCAAGAGCGUGGCAGCUUGUGGAGGGGAUGCCGCGGAGGGAGCUCUCGGGGAGCCUGCAGCUGAGACCCCCGGGGAGCUGGGCCCCCCUUACUUUGCAGCUGGGGCCUCUGCAAGGGCAGACACCCUGGAUGUGACUUGGCCCGAGAUGUACGACUAUUUUUUCUGUGACUCCCAAGGGGAAGAAGAAGGAAUGGGGGGCUCGGUGGAGGGGGAGGAAACACCCUUGGAAAGGGAAAUUUCCUUGCCUGAACUGUAUGAAUAUUUUUUCAACGAACCGGAAGGAAACAGGAAAAAAGUCAAGGGUAAAGACAGGAAGCGAAAGAAGUUCAGCAGCUUGGACCACGCUCAGCUGCAAAAUGAGGAUCCCGACUUGGCUCCAGCCAAAGACUCCCUGGUUAUCUCGGUCCCUGAGGUGUAUGAACACUUCUUUCCAGACAGGCCUGGGAACAGGGUGGGCUGGAGAGGGAUUUUCUCAAUCGCUCCAGCCUCCGAGGUGAAGAAAGCUGUGGGGGCUUUGAAGUCCCUCCUGCAAAGGCCAAUGCAUCUCGUCAGAGGCCAAGCCCCAGCCCCACAGGCUCUCGUGCGGAGAGGAUCUGGAGAAAAGCUCCCCCUCGUCCCGCUGGCCCCGCUGGGAAGAGGCCGGGCACGUCCAGAAGGUUUGGACAUGGCCCUUGCGCUGACAGGGAGGCCCGAGGCUCCGCUGGCCCUGACCCACAAAGACAUGUGCCUCGUCUUCUGUGCCUUUGCGUCCUGGGCAGUGAAGACCUCCGACCUGCAGGCUCCAGAUGCCUGGAAGACCAUGUUCCUGGCAAGUUUUGGCACGCUUUCUGCCAUCCGCUACUUCCGAAGGCAGGUCAGAGAAGGACAGUCUCGGACCUAGGCUCAGCGCACACCAGAGGUGCUUCCCGAGGACAGGCGAGGACGGCGGAGGCAGAGGCUGGGGACUUUGUUCUUGGGCAGUGUGAGAAGCCUGGAUCCCAGCGCCAAGACUGCUCUGGACCCAUCCCUAAACGGGACAGGAUGUCACAGGAAGCGGGAUCUUUCCGGUGACAGUCAUUUUCAAUACGGUAGGCAGUUUGUACCUGUACUGCACAGAAGAGGAGCCCGGUGCGGGCUGGCUCUGUUCUUUCCUUGCACACUUCUUGCAUACUUGUGCUAUCUCCUAGGAGUAGUCACAGUGUCUGUUCCAGGCUGCUGCUUGUCCGUCCUCCCGGCUGCAAUCACCUGGUGGCAAAGGCAGGCGCUGAGGUAGUGGAGGGAGGAGAGAGCGAAAGAAACCAGGAAAGUGCUUCGUUCCUAGGAAAGGGUUGGGGUAUCUGUGAAGGAAGAGAGGAGAGAGCUCUGGGGAAGAGCCGUCUCUGUCCAAACAUGGUGCUUCGCUAAGCGUGUGCAGCAGCUCAAGAGGGAUGGAGGGGCCGCUCACUUGGCAAGGCCCCGGUCUCCCAUGACCGGUUUGGCUCACCGCAGGAGGACUCAUCCUCUUGGAUUUCACUCCGAGAAGUCACGGCUCGGUCUAACGGUUCAGGAGGCUGAGAUAAGGUUUCUGUUGCAUGCGGCCACCUCAGCCCUGCUAAGCCGGAGCUGCGGAUGUGAUGUGUGUCCCCGUGGGUGAGGAGCACCCACUGCAAGGACACAUCUCACUCCCGCGGGCAGAGGAUGGGUCGGUGUCACGCAGCCAGAGCCAGGGGAAGGGGCAGCCGGGGAGCUGCCCUGCAGGAGGCUGUGCAGGAUGGAAAGGGCUGCAGGGACAGCGGGGAAAGGGGCUGAGCUCAGGGGAGCCUCAGGUAAAAGCCCUGACAAGGACAGGAGCAUGUCGGAGAGGAGGAAAAGGUACGUGUACCAUGUUUGGCUCUGACGAUCACCAGAUGAAGGGUGUAGAUAUAUGACUUGGUCCCUCCACUGCCUCCCACCCUAGAGACAGAGAGUUGGCUAGGAGGAGAUGUCGAGUGAGGAGGUGCCGUGGCCGAGUGUGUAACCUCGUGGGGCUGGAGAGGGCUGGAGGGGACCCAGAAUGCAAGGUGGGAUGAAAAAUGGAAAGGAAGGGGUUCAGGUUCUUCCCUGUCUCUAGUGCCUUCCUGAUCACUCAAGGGCAUUAUUCACGACGGGUUUUCUUCACUCCCAAGUCUGGUAACAGCACGAAUGUGAGAUUUGUUAAGCACUUAGGGACCAGAUCCACAAAGGUACUGGGGGAAAUCUGCCCAGAAUACCUGUGUGCAUCUGCCUACGAGCUUUAUGGAAACAGUCUGUGGGAAUGUUUGUCUCACGAAAUGAGAGAGAAGAGGUUUAGCUCUUUCCUUGUAAUGCAGAGUGCCAUGCAAUUUUAAUGUGUUUGGGGUUGUACUUAAGACCACGUAUUAUUGCUGAUGAGAGCACACUGUACAAUUGUACAGUGAGAUAUGUAGCAGUACAUAGCAAGAGAGAGAGAUGUACAGGCUCUAUAUGGACUAUAGUAGCUGUAUAUCCAGUAAGAGGAGGUUUGUGGAGGAGGAGAACAGAUAAAAUAUGCUGGAAGCUUCUAAUAAAGAUCUAUCUCGUGUAA